AUGGACCACCUCGCCGGCAGGCUCGCCGCGGCCUCCCUCUCCUCCGACGACCCCUCCGCCGCCGCUGCGGGGAGGGGCGGCGACGGCAACCUCAUCGACGUCAUACGCGCCGUCGAGCGCGCCGAGGGCACCAUCCGCGACCAGCUGGAAGAGAACAACCGCCUCAAGGACGAGCUGAUGCGCAAGACGCGGCAACUGCAGAUGAUUAGCGAGGACGCUACCUCCCAAGGUUCCUUCGGUGGAGUGAGUCAAGAACCCCACGCUUCUUCGACAAAUGCCCAGGGCACCUCUAUCCUCCAUCAGAACGGGAUCUCGGGAAGUGGAGGAGAGCCCCAGAUGCAUGAACGAAUCAACCAAAACUACCCUGACAGCGGCCAGGCUAACGGAGCGUUUAGAAGAUCGUCAGGGGAACCCGCUGCUGCGGACAGUGGCGGACCGUCACAGUUCUCCACUCCGUCAUCUCGUUCACUUUCUCCAACCAGGCAUAGAAAAGGCGAUUAUGAUACAAGAAUCAACUUAGCUGGACAGGGGUUACUGCCUGUUUCAGAGAUGAACUCGAACAUAUCCUGGAAGCAGGACCUUGCUGUUAAGGUCAAAGAGCGCGAAGAAGAGAUCGCACGGUUAAGAGAGCAUCUUGGUAAUUACGCAGUGAAGGAAGCAAAAAUACUCAAUGAGAAAUGUACGUUGGAAAAACGCAUUGCUUAUAUGCGUGCGGCAUUCGAUCAACAGCAACAAGACUUAGUUGACGCAGCAUCAAAGGCUUUAUCGUAUAGACAAGAUAUUGUUGAGGAAAAUGUCCGUCUAACACAUGCGUUGCAGGCAGCACAUCAGGAAAGAUCAACUUUCGUAUCUUCUUUGGUGCCUCUUCUGUCUGAAUAUGAAAACCUACGACCGCCUGUCCUCGAUGCUCAGUCCAUUGUUAGUAAUUUGAAGGUUUUGUUUAGGCAUUUGCAGGAGCAACUUAUGAUUAGCGAGGAGAAAGUUCAGGAGUCACAGUACCAGAUUACCCCAUGGCAAACUGAAUUGCCAAAUAAGACCAGUCUUCCUGUACAGUCACCUAACGAUCCUCUUGGAAAAGCUUUGAGCAAAAACAGUCUUGAUAUCGUGCCCCAGACACCAUAUCCUCAUGUACAAUCUCCAAUGUCUUCCCCUGUUCAAGGUAGAGGUGAUUGGAGUGUAUUAGCAAACAAAAACCGUCAAGUAAUUCCAAGUGAGGUUCCUGCAAGAAAUAUUGGUCAUGAUUACAGAGAAAGGACCUCUCUUUCAAGCAGCAACCUUUUUAGGAACGACGUUUCUGCUGAAGCAUCUCAAUAUGAUUCUCAUGCUGUCCAGUUUGAUUUCGAUACCCAGAGCCAAAACCCACCAUUCAAGGGCCUUAGUAGAAGCGAUGCAUUGGAUGGUUCUGUGGGUGCUGAACCCCAACAUGCGCGAGAGACUUCUGCUCAAUGGGGUCCUGGAGACUCAUCUAAUUUAGCAUCUGGUCUCGAGGAAGCAAAUCCUUCAUAUCCCUAUCUUCCUACUGUUCCUGAGGAGCCUGGUUCCUCUUUCUCUGAAGCUGCAGAGGAUGAUCCAUUGCCAAGCAUAAAAGAACUUCGAAUUACUGGUGAAGCUUUUCCUGGGGGAGACCUUCAAGCAAGUGGGUUGUCCAUUGAUGGAACAACAAGUUGUAAUUUUGAGUGGGUGCGGCAUUUGGAAGAUGGCUCUGUAAGAUACAUAGAAGGAGCAAGGCAACCUAACUAUUUAGUUACUGCCGAUGAUGUGGACACUUUACUAGUCAUUGAAGUUCAACCCCUAGAUGACAGAAAAAGAAAGGGUGAGGUUGUCAAGGUUUAUGCUAAUGACCAAUCAAAAAUUACUUGCGAUCCUGAAACAAAGGAACUUAUCAAGAAAACUCUAGAAGCUGGGCAUGUGUCUUAUCAAGUCCAGCUACCUCAGGUGAGAUUCUUAGACAUGUGGGAACCAGCUGUUUUGGCAAUAAAGAGGGAAGGUUACAGCAUUAAAUGUAACGGGCAGCGUGGUGUUAUUCUCACGGAGAAAUUCCAGCAAGAAUCUGCUAUUAAUAUUCCUUGGGGAUACGAUCGUGCAAAAGAGUUUGUGAUUGUGUCUGCUGAUGGUAACGAAUAUAAUCUCCAGCCAGCAGAAAACGCACCACCUCGUGAUACGAUUGUUCUAGUGUUAAGAUUGUUCAGAAGUAUGGCUGUGGAGAAGAGGAGAGGAAGGAAAAAGGGCAUCUUUUUCAAGUAGAUCUGUCUAGCCAAUGUAUAUUCAUCUGUAUCUAUUCUUCAGAGUGAGCAUAACAUGCGUCAUGGUGAUAGCCUGAUAGGUGUGCCGUACUGUCUGCUGUCGUAUUUCCUGUAGAGAUCCCCACACGAUUUUUCUGUAUUCAAAUAUCGAAGAACCUGGUGCGCUCGGAGUUGUAACAAAGAGCGCUUCAUCAUUGUAAAUACAGCUUAGUAGAAAUGAAGUUACUUCUCGUA